CAUAAACGCACGCUUUCGCUUACCCAAAAUACCCAAAAAAAAAAUUCUUAAAUACAUAUUUUCAUCUAGUAUAGCUAAGAGUCAUGGUCAGCGUUAAGGUCAACGUAAAUCCGCAACAACAACAACUACAUUCGCGUCCAGCACAUUUGAUCAACGGCAACAACAAUCUUAAAGCGAAUAUGGCUUUCCGUGGCAAUCAGAAUCGCAAUCGCAACUUUGGCGGCGGCGGUAAUCAGUACGGCGGACCGAUGGGCGCCAAUCGCAUGGGCGGCAUGAAUAUGUCGCCGUGGGAGUCCCAGAAUCCCGGAGGCGGCCAAUUUGGCAACAAUAUGCGCCAAGGUGGCGGCCAGAUGAAUGCCCAGGCUAUUAACUUGGCCAACAAUUUGCUGAACAAUCUAUUCGGCAAUCAGAAUCCACCCUCGCUGCUGGAUCUGCCACGCGGCGGCAUGGGCAAUCGUAAUCAACGCGGCGGACCGAUGGUCAAUCGCGGCGGCGGUGCCGGCAAUCGUCUCAAUAAUCGUCGUGGCCAAGGAGGUUUCCAAAAUCGUGGCGUUACGGGUGGUCCAAAGCCCCCACAAAAGCAGGGCGCCGGCGGCAUUCGUAAGCAGAAUGCUUUUGAUCGUGCCAAGAAACUUUUGGCUAAAAAUGCCAACACUAAUAAAAAGAAGGAAAUUACUCCUGGCGAAAAAAAAAUUGAGAGUGUCACCACUCCAAAGGAAUCGCCGUAUGCUAGCGUGCCGAACGAUAUGUUCUAUUGUCAUCUGUGCAAGAAGCACAUGUGGGAUGCCAACUCGUUUGAGAACCACAUCAAGGGACGCACCCAUUUGAUGAUGCGCGAGGGUAUUGAGGAGAGCUAUCGCCUGAAGGCCAACAUGAUACGCCAGGAGGCCAAGAUUGCUGAGCAGCUAAAGUCGAUUGAGUUUGAUCGUUUGAAGCGCAUGGGCAAGAGCAAGCAGCGCCAGUUGGAUUAUUGCACCAUGUGCGAUUUGAACUUCCAUGGCCAUAUCUCAACCCAUCGCAAAUCCGAGGGUCAUUUGCAGCUGAAGAAGUUCUUGCAUCCCAAGUGCGUGGAGUGCAACAAGGAGUUUGCCACACGCAUCGAUUAUGACACUCAUUUGCUGUCGGCCGAUCACCUGAAGAAGGCCGCUGAGAACAACACCAAGGUGGGCGAGCGUAAGCGUCAGACUUUGCCCAUAAGCACCGCUGAGGAAGAGACUCGCGACCUCCGUCCACCACAGAAGCGCAAGAAGAAGCCCGUGAAGAAGGAGGGCGAGGAAACCACUGAAACCAAGAAUGACAAAGAGGAGGGUGCCGAGGGCGAGGAAGCUGAAGGUGAGGAGCCCAAAGAGGGUGAAGAGGCUGCUGAUGAAACCAAGGAGGGUGAAGAUCUCAAUGAGAGCCAGGAAGAAGAGGAGGUUGCUCUCCCCGUUGAUCCCGAGGACUGCAUCCUUGACUUUGCCGAAGGUGAUGAGAUUCCCAGUGAGGUAGACACUCGUCUGCCCAAAUACAAUUGGCAGCGUCCCGUUGGCGCUGGUCUGAUCUCAAAGCUGGAGUGCUUCGAAUGCGCUGUCUGCAGCAAAUUCUUCGACACAGAGGUCACCGCCGAGAUUCACUCGCGCACCGCAACUCAUCAUCGCAACUUCCUCAAGUUCAUCAAUGAGAAGUCCAGCGAUACCAAGAUUGCACAAAAGCGUGCCGCCGCUGCCCUUGAGGAGAAUGAGCGCAAGAAGCGCAAGAUCGAUGAAAGUGAGACUCCAGCUGCCGAGGGCGGAGCCGAGGAGACCACUGGCGAAGCUGGCGAGGGAGAGCUCUACGAUCCAUCGGAGGCCACUGGCGACGACGAAGACUUCGAGAUGGCUGAGAAUAACGAAGGCGAGGAGGAGGCCGGCGAGGGUGAGGAGCCGGCUGGCGAGGAGAACGGUGAGGAGAUGGAGACCCAGGAACAAGAAGAAGCCGAGCCAGAGCCCGAACCAGAGCCGGAGCCAGCUCCAGUGCCAACUCCCGCACCAGUAGCUCAGCCAGCUACACCGACCAAGACCGAGCCAGCCAAGACACCGGCAAAGGCCCCUGCCGCGGCAGCUGCUGCUCCAGCUGCAGCCACUCCUGCUGCCGCCACACCAGCUGCUGCUCCUGCUGCAGCCACACCAACUGCAACUCCAGCUCCGGCUGCUGCCACACCAGCUGCAGCUGCAGCUGCUCCAGCAGCCGAUGCCUCGCCAUCGCCAGCCAAGAAGGCAACGCCCGCUCGCGCUGCCGCCGGCCCAAAGGCAACGCCGCAACGCAAUCGCGCGCGCGGCCGCUACAACCGCUACUAGACGAAGCAUCAGAAGAUGGCGGCAUUAUUGGGCAUAAGACACAAUAUAUAGAUAUAAUAUAAUCCAUUAAUCUAAAGCACACAAAACUUUCCACACGAUCGAGAGAAACCCCUAUACCACUGUAAGACAGAGAUCUGAAAGCGAAUGCACUUCCACUUCUCCACCUCCAUUCACACGACCUUUUUUCUCUUUGUGACAUUUUCAUCGCAUUUUGCAUAAACAAUUUGUAAUUUGUAAUUGACACAGACAGACAUCAACUGGACCUAAACACCUUUCCCCGUGUGUCUCCGAUUGCAGAAACCAAAACACAUUCACUAAACAAACAAA